AUGGAUGGACAUCGGAAGAGGUUUUCUCCCGAGGUGCUGUACUCCAUGACAGAAGAUGCUGUCGGCAAGUUUGUCCAGCAGAUCUUCCUGUUCAUGUUCGACGACACAUUAGACCUUAUAAUUGAAAAUGAAAACACAUUCCGUGCGCUUCAAGAUAUUGAAAACCUUCUGGAAGUGGGAAUCUCACCCCCAGAAGACACAAAGGCUGAAUCAGAGUCCUCCCAAAAGUCAGUUCCACCCUCAAGCUCUUUGUCCCAGGCUGGUGAACAUCGUGAGGACGCUAUUAUUAACCAAGGAGAUGAAGAUGUGAAAGAAACCGCACAGGUUAAUGAGAAGAGCGAGGCUGAUGAAAUUAUUGAAGGGUUACCUAAUGAAGAAGACAAUAAUGUAGCCCAGGCAAACAGAGAAUCGCCUGAACUCUCAGCUGAGACUCUGAAAAACAGCCUGGCCAUGGCGCUGCUUCUGAGGCUUUUGUCAAAGUGUGAAACUGACAACAAAAAUCUUAAAGACAGCAUCACUGAAAUCAAGAGAAGGCUUUUAUUCUUGCUACUGAGCACGUCCAGGGCAAACACAGGAGGAGUCUCGAGGUGUUUGUGCAGAUGUAAACAAGAACUGGACUGACUUGGACUGCCCCGCAGAUAUCUUCCUAAAAAGGAUUAUUUGGAUCUAAUUCAGCUUUUUCGAUUUCUUAACAUCUAUGUUAGAAUACAGUGGAGUCAGGGUUACAUAUGUGUUGUGGGCUGAUGAUGUAACCUGUCCUGAGCAUUUUGAAGGCCUUGCGUUAACUUGCAGGCAAGUGUGAUGCUGUGCUUGUGUGUCUGAUGCACAUAUGCACAUGUCUUCAAACGAGUACAUUUAGACAAGACUGGAAAGACCAGGACAUCCAAUAAAACAACGAACUGUCCAAACUCUUGCAAUUUUUUUCAACUACAAGUGUAACAUUUGUACUUCAUAGAUGCCGCUGGAGACUACGGGACGGUGUCAUACAAGCCAUUUUUAUUUAUUCCAUUAGUGGACCAGAAGACAAACUAUCCUGAACGAAAGGCUGAAACUUUACACCAUGACAUUACAGACCUAUAAUUUGGUCCCCCAGUACAUAUUGAGACACACCCUGUCCCCUCACCUCCUUCCCCUCUUCCUACUUUUGCUCCUCCAGGCCUGGUGGGGGAGCGGUCAUCCUCAGUGUUUGGAUUAUAAGCCCCCAUUUGAGCCUCAGCAGCCAUUGGUCUUCUGUAAAGAAUACACAAAGUUUGGAUGUUGCGAUGUGGAGAAGGAUGAAGAGAUAUCAGUCAGGUUUAACUCUAUUAUGGAUCAUUUUGACCAAUCGGGUGUCAAAGCCUGUGGCAGAUACAUUCGCAGUAUCCUCUGCCAGGAGUGUUCACCUUAUGCUGCCCACCUGUACGAUGCAGAGGAUGCCAACACACCCAUGAGAAUUCUGCCUGGGCUUUGCAGGGCCUACUGCUCUGACUACUGGAUGCAUUGCCGAUAUACGCUCAGCCUCCUCCUGGAGGAACUGGGGAACCCACAACAGUUUGCAAACCUCACUUACAAAAUAGAGGAGGACCACAGAAGAUUCUGUGACUUUCUGGAACUAAAGGACAAACAGUAUUGCUACCCCAAUGUGUUGACAAAUGCAGAACUAAAUGCUAACUUGGGCUUGGUACGUGAAGAUCCCAAAGGCUGCCUGGAACUGUGCCUGCAGGAAGUUGCCAAUGGUCUCCGAAACCCUGUGGCCAUGAUCCAUGCGGACGAUGGAACUCAUCGCUUCUUUGUAGCAGAGCAGCUGGGUUAUGUGUGGGUGUAUUUUGCCAAUGGAUCCAGAAUUGACCGGCCUUUCCUAAACCUCACCCAGGCUGUCCUUACAUCACCGUGGGCUGGAGAUGAGAGGGGAUUCCUCUGCAUAGCCCUCCACCCAAGGUUUUCCACAAUCAAAAAGGCCUAUGUGUACUAUUCCGUGUCUGUCAAGAAGCAAGAAAAAAUCCGAAUUAGCGAGUUCACACUCUCACCUCAUGAUGAUAACCAACUAGAUCAUUCUUCUGAGAGAACCAUCCUGGAGGUAGUAGAGCCAGCCUCCAAUCACAAUGGAGGCCAGCUGCUUUUUGGUCAUGAUGGAUACCUGUACAUCUUCAUUGGAGAUGGUGGGCGAGCUGGGGACCCAUUUGGAAAAUUUGGCAAUUCCCAGAACAAGUCAACACUUCUUGGCAAGGUACUACGUAUUGAUGUUGACGACAAUGAUCAUGCGACCCCAUACAGCAUUCCCUCAGAUAACCCAUUCAUUUGGGAGAAGGAGGCACGAUCAGAGAUUUAUGCAUAUGGAGUUCGCAACAUGUGGCGUUGCUCCAUUGACCGUGGAGAUCCUGCCACAGGCACAGGCAGAGGCAGGAUGUUUUGUGGGGACGUGGGCCAGAACAAAUAUGAAGAAAUAGACCUCAUCGUCAAAGGAGGCAACUAUGGAUGGAGAGCCAAAGAAGGUUUCAGCUGCUACGACCGCAAACUCUGUCAAAACUCAUCCCUUGAUGACAUCUUGCCUAUCUUUGCCUACCCUCACAAGUUGGGAAAAUCAGUGACUGGAGGGUACAUUUACAGAGGCUGUCAGAUGCCUAACCUCAAUGGACUCUACAUCUUUGGGGAUUUCAUGAGCGGACGUUUAAUGUCUCUUAAGGAGAAUGCUGAAGGAGAAUGGAAGUACACCGAGAUCUGUAUGGGAACGGACCAGACCUGCAGGUUUCCCAAACUCAUAAACAGUUACUAUAGAUACAUCAUCUCUUUUGCUGAGGAUGAAGCAGGUGAAUUGUAUUUCUUAGCCACAGGAGCCCCGAGUGCCACGGCCAGAGCAGGAGUCAUCUAUAAAAUAGUGGAUCCUUCCAGACGAGCGCCACCAGGAAAAUGCAGGUUCAAGCCUCUACCUGUUAAGAUAAAGGGAAAGCUGAUUAAUUUCUACCCCAGAGAGGAGUUUGUAAUUGAUAAGAAACCGACCACGACACCUGUUCCCACAACCACUACUCCAAAAACAACAACCAAAAAGCCAUCAAUAAGAAAACCAAUAAUAAUACGAAAACCACCAAUGCCAACCAGAAAAACGACAAGAAAAAUGCAACAAUCAACUCCACAACCCAUGAUGACCAGAAAAACGACGGGGAGGACGACGUUAUCCGCCCCAGGUCCAACCAUUAGAGCAACAGUAAAGGCAGCAACCACAGUAAAACCAACAACUGUCCAGAUGAGCACUGGAAAUCCCACCACAACUACAUCCACUGGUUAUCGUGCUACCAUCCAGAAUGCAGCCUUCUCUAGGAUGGCUCAAAGUACGACCAUGGCUACACCUUCGACACUGAGAUUUGGGAGACCCCGCCAGAACCCCACUGGUACCACCUCUCCACCUGCGAGCUCACCGCAGCCAUCUCCACCCAAAACAAUCACGAGACAACCACAGGCUGCUUUGAUGCCAACACAACAUCCCAAACAUCCAGGAAAGCUGACCACAACGUGGGCACCAUAUUUAGCGCAAAGUCCCACUGCUUCUACUGGCAAGUCCCCGACAACGCCAAUCAGCACCACGCCGCCAAAAGCUCAGGAGGAGAAGCUACGGACUGGAGAGAAACUGGAAAAUACGAGAGCGGGUAACCAGAUACACAAAAGGCCCAGAGGCAGAGGCCGUGGUCACAAGAGAGGCAGGGGAGGAAGGAGGCUGCGGGAUGGCUCGGUGCGACUUGUUAGUAACGACGAUUUAUCCGAUCGAGGCAGAGUAGAAAUCCUCAUCGGCGGGGAGUGGGGAACAGUGUGCGAUGACCUUUUCACCAGCAGGGCGGGCGCGGUUGUUUGCCGACAGCUUGGCUUCACAACGGCGCUGGCCGUGAUGAAGAGGGCGGCGUUGGGCGAGGCCGGCAGCAGCGUGAGGAUCCUGCUGGAUGAUGUGGAGUGUGCGGGCUGGGAGCGAUCGCUGCUGCUCUGCAAGAGGUCAAAGGUGGGAAAACACAACUGCUCCCAUGGGGAAGAUGUAGGAGUUAUUUGUGGUUAGCAGCAAAGAAGUUGAAGCGGUGUCACACAAGCAAAGUUGUCAGACGCGUUGCUGAUAAAUACGUGGUGUUUUUAAAUUUCGGGAAACCAGAAUUAUGUGCAAUAUGUACAAUCCAUAGAUUGGUGUUUCAUAUUAUCCACAUGACACGAAAGAAAAGGUAAAAGAAAACGAAAGUAACAAUAGUAAAGUAGAAAAGAUCACUUUCCCAGCUAGAGUUUAAAAUGAGUUUAUCAGCCAAGAAUUGUUACUAAACAAAACAACCUCCGAAUAGAUCCAAGAAUCACAACAAAAUGAUCAAGAUGACUUAAUUGACUGAUUUCCAUUAAAAAUUACUCUGUUAAGGUCAAGAGCAAACCAUCAGUGAGUCAUUGUUUUGAAUGACCUCUUGUGACUAUCUCUCCCUUAACAACAAUUGAACACAGUAUGAGUUUGACUCAAUAAUAAACCCAAAUGAUAAAUCAACAUUUCUAAAAUAAGCUAUUAAGAAUAUGUUCAUUUGGUAUGUAGAUAAUGCACAUGAGAGUGAACGAAGAAGCAAAAUUUUAUUAUAGGAAAGGAAAAACUGUGCAUAUUUGUGGAUUCCAGAGAAAUAACACUGCAUCGUAGACUUCUGGGUUUCGAAUUUCAGGAACAAUGAAGGUACAAAAUGCCCUAAUGAAGGUACAACGUUUUAUUCAG